UAUCUACAUUGUAUUUUAUCUUCAAUACAAAACAACAGAAAUAAAUAAUACAAAAACAUUUAAAAUUGAAACCAAAGCUCACCGCUUUCGUUUGUUAGAUUUAUUCAUAAACAAUGCUGGGAUUUGCUGUUCUCUUCAGUGGGAUGACCAGUACAGGUGCUUUAUACAUAAACACUGUACAAAAGUUUGAAUAUAUCAGACAAGGAGGAAAUUGACCUGCUGUUGCUUUCACUGCUCUUUUGUCCAAGCACACAACAGUGAGCAGUCAUGGAGUUGUGAAGUAUGAUAGCGUGCUGACUAAUGUUGGUGGGGCCUAUGAACCGUCUACAGGGAUAUUUACCGCACCUUAUAGGGGUAUCUACACUAUUUCCUGUAGCCUAAUGAGCCAUCCAAGCAAUUAUGUUCAUCUGCGAUUGACCAUGAACAAUAAAAAGUUGUCUAUAGUGUACUCUGGGCCUAAAACCCAUCCUCACUCUGGACAAACUCUGCAACUUCUUGUCAAUAAAGGGGACACAAUUUGGGUCCAGAACGAGAACGACCAGACAGCCAAGCUUAAUGACCAUGGGUCUUAUAAUGUAUUUUCUGGUGUGUUGAUUAAAAAAAUUUGAAAUAAAAAUACUG